AUGGCAGACCCCAACACCAACACUCCCACCGCUCCCGAAGAGCAGGAGCCACAGCAGCAGCAGCAGCAACAGAAGAAGCGCUUCGUCACAGCCGCCUCGGCAAAGGCCUACGUGACCUCUGUCCUCGCCGCGGCGGGGACAUCCCCCGGGGACGCGGCCGUCGUCGCGCACGGGCUCGUGGCCGCGGACCUGCGCGGCAUCGACACGCACGGGGUCAACCGCAUCCCGUCGUACAUGGCGCGCGUGUCGCAGGGCGUGCUCGACCCCCGGGCCACCCCGGUGCUGAGCGAGGUGACGCCCGUCGUGGCGGCCGUGGACGGGCGCAACGGUUUCGGCUUCCUGGCGGCCGAGAUGGCCAUCGCGAGGGCCGUCGAGAUGGCGAGGGCGUUUGGGAUCGGGAUGGUCAGCGUGAAAGGGUCGAAUCAUUUCGGUAUGAGCGCGUGGAUCGUGCAGAGGGCGAUCGAUGAGGGGAUGAUGAGUCUGGUCUUUACAAAUUCCUCUCCGGCUCUGCCCGUCUACGGAGGUCAGAGCAAGCUCCUCGGGGUGUCGCCGAUCGCGUGCGGCGCGCCCGCGGGCAAGGAGAAGCCGUUCAUCCUGGACAUGGCGCCCUCGAUCGCGGCCAGGGGCAAGAUAUACAAGGCGAAGCGGCGAGGGGAGAAGAUCCCGCUCGACUGGGCGCUGGAUGGAGAGGGCAAGCCUACGGAUGAUCCGAGCAAGGCCCUCGAGGGUGUCAUGCUGCCAAUGGGAGGACCCAAGGGGUCUGGUCUGGCCAUCAUGAUGGAUGUGUUCUCUGGUGUGCUCUCAGGCUCCGCGUUCGCCGGCCACGUAACCGGCCCUUAUGACCCGUCCAAGCCCGCCGACGUGGGCCACUUCAUCGUCGCGAUCAAGCCGGACCUCUUCAUGCCGCUCGAGGACUUCAAGGCCCGCAUGGACUACCUGUACCAGCGGGUGGUCGGGUCCGACAAGGCCAGCGGCGUCGAGCGCAUCUACUUCCCCGGCGAGAUUGAGCAGAUCACCCAGGAGGAGCGGGAGAGGACGGGGAUUCCGUACGUGCAGGCCGAGAUUGACGCGCUGAAUGAGGUCGCGAGGGGGCUGGGGGUGGGCGAUAUUGUUGUUGAAGAAUGA